AUGACGUCUUUUGGACAAACCCAUGAUAGGGAGCAAGAUAUGGUGAUUAUUGCUGCUGUUGGACGGUCGAAGGGAGGUGAUGGGGUGAGUAGAUUUAGACCGUAUGUCUCCGUGUUUUCUCAGCCUUGGUGCGAGGAGUUUGGGGAGAUGGGGAGGAGGAGAGUAGAGUGUAGUUUUGAGGUUUUGGCCGAGAGUUGUGAGUUAGAUGUUUCCUCAUGUUGAUUGUCUUUUGACAUGUGCUAACUGCCUCUUCAUAGAUGUAAUGAAAAACGGCCAAGGAAAUUAUGCGGAAAAUGAUCGUCUCAAAGAUAUCUUGGGUCGUAGAUAUGGUUCUGAGCCUCAAGUUCAGACAUCUCUUGCCCAGGCCCACACUUGGAUUGAAAAAUGUCAGAAAAGCCACAAAGGAUGUUCCCAAGCGAGAAUUCGAACACCAGCACCAACGAGACUUAUUCAGGUUGGCUCAGCAUCAGAAGACCCAAAGCUCUGUCUCGCCCACCCAGGAGAUUGCGAAUGGGCGGCUCUCAGUUAUUGUUGGGGAGGUCAUUCAAAUUUCACACUUACCAAAGAUCGCUUGGAUUCUUUUCAGAUGGGAAUGCCGUACGAGGAGUUCCCCAAAACGAUACAAGACGCUAUUUUGGUGACUCGCGCUUUGGAAAUCAAAUACCUUUGGGUUGAUACUUUAUGCUUCAUUCAAGAUUCAAAGGAGGAUUGGGGCUACGAGUCCACUCAAAUGAGUGAUGUGUACAGGGGAGCAGUUAUCACCAUAUCCGCUUCUUCCCCUGCGAAAACAACAGAAGGUUUUCUUCAUCAACGAAAGCUGCAGACAAAUAAUUGCAUCCUACCUUGGAAAAUUCCAGAACAGGAUGGCAAUCUUACUGCUGAAGAUCAUAGACUGACCAGACAAUGCAUCUCGUUGGGCUUCUCUCCCUCGGCCAAAUUCGUACCCAACACGGCAAGCCUUCGAUUCUUUGACGAGGAAGAAUCCCGAAGAAUUGGUCAAGAUACAGGACCGCUUACGACCAGAGGUUGGGUGCUACAGGAAGAGUUAUUCUCUGGUCGGAGAAUUAUCUUCCGAGAAGAUCAAAUGGUUUGGGAAUGUUCAGCCGUCAAGUUCUGUGAAGGAGGGUUCUCUCGAUUGUUCAGAAACAAUUAUUCGCCCAACCUGUGGAGUACGUUCAACAAUUUAGCCAAAUGCCACAAUAUGAGCGAUGACCCGGACCCCGAAUACAGACGCAAAGUCCUCGUCACUUGGUACGAGACGAUUGAAGAGUACCUGAAGCGACAUUUGACGUACUCAACGGAUCGAUUACCCGCGAUCUCGAGUUUAGCGAAGGAAUUUCACAAGCUAGAUGGCGGCGAUAUGUAUUGUGCCGGGUUAUGGCGGAGCGAUAUCAUAAAGGGAUUAUGCUGGAACCCUUUUUACAAUAAGUGGGACGCGCCGAAAGUCGUUCCCAAGAGAAAUCUACAGAAGCCUUACUCUGGACCUUCCUGGAGCUGGGCCAGCUUGGAUCCAUGGCCUCUAGAGGUCAAGCUUCCAAGUUUUUGUUUCGAUGAAACUGGAAGCAAAAUGGGCAUCCAGUACGCUGCGAAGGUUCUCCAUGUUGAAAUUGAAAACUCAAGUUUGGAUUUGUUUGGCGAGGUAGCAAGCGCCUCCAUCACCCUCGAAGCGCCGUUCUACUAUAUCGAUGAAUCAGAGGAAGACGAAAAGAGGCCAUCUGUGCACCGUCUUUUCAGUCAAGAAGACGAUUUCAGGCAACUUGAUGAGUUCAGAGUCAAGCACGAGGGUUACCCUGGACAGCAUUUUGCUUUCGUUAUAUUGUUGUCGGCGAGGCACCAUCAUGUCCUAUUUCUCGAAUCGGUCCAGUCGAAGGUACAAGGCGAGACCCAGGUUUACCGCAGAAUAGGAUAUAAUCUUUUGGAUGUUUCAAAGAGUGGUACUGAUGAAAUGUCGUCAUGCAAUUGGGACUUGGCUCAGAAAGAAGUAAAGAUAGUUUGAAUUUAGAUGAGUCUAGGAAGUUUCGUUGAAAGGCAGCAUACGUAAUAUGUACAUAUCAGAUGGAAAUGUAACGAGGAUUGAUG